CCAAGACUCUCACACGCAGCCUUCGUUUACCACGUGCUUGACAGCACAAUCACCGGAAUCAAAAUUUUAUAAACACAGCCAGCUGCUUGCACUGGACUUCGAUGGUCCGCAAAUUCAAGUACCAUGAGCAAAAAUUGCUCAAGAAAGUUGACUUUUUAAACUGGAAACAAGAUGCAAAUAUUCGUGAGAUCAAAGUCAUUCGCAGGUACCAUAUCCAGGACAGAGAAGAUUAUCACAAGUACAACAAGCUCUGCGGUGCUCUUAGGUCAUUCGCACACCGUCUCUCCGUUCUACCCUCUCAGGACCCGUUUCGCACCCGCAUGGAGUCCCAGCUACUCUCAAAGCUAUAUGACAUGGGCGUACUCAACUCCCAAGCAAAACUGAGCGACGUAGACAACAAGCUCACCGUCGCUGCCUUUUGCAGGCGUCGUCUUGCCGUUUUCAUGUGCAUGAGCAAGAUGGCAGAAACAGUCAGCGCAGCUGCAAAAUUUAUUGAGCAGGGUCACGUCCGUGUCGGACCUGAUACUAUCACUGAUCCUGCCUUUCUUGUUACAAGACAUAUGGAAGACUUUGUCACUUGGGUCGAUACAUCCAAGUUGAAGAGAACCAUCAUGAACUACAACGACGAGCUUGACGAUUACGAUCUACUAUGAUCGCGCAUCGACGCGUCCACAGUCGAUGUCGUCAUGUGUGUUACCUCCGUGCUGUCGGUUCCUCGCGGACUUAACCUUAACUCGCUUACCUUGGUCAACCUAUUCUCGGUGCCGCUCUGUUGGCUGUUUUGACGGCAGGCACUCGAAGCAUGUCAUAUUCAGACUGCCGACAACACAGCAUAAAAGUCGUAACAACGCCGCAACUCAUUCACAUAUUCUCGUGAUUGUGCUAGGGUUGGGACUGAUUAGAGGUCUUGAUACGCUGCUAUGAAUAGACCUUCCAGGAGCUGCUUCUUUAACCAUGUGCGGAUUUGUUGUUCUUGCUACAGCCAUUAUCGAUCAUAUCUUCGUUGCAACGCGAGCUGUUAUUUGUAUGCGGGUCGACCCGAAUAUGAAUUGCGACAUUCAGCAAACAAUUACUUUUUAGGCGGU